UGCCCGCCCCGGGGUGGGCGCUGGAGCCCCCUUAAAGCCUCCUGCCACAAAGAGCCUUCCCCAGACCCGCCGGCUCCCCGAGCUCCCGGCAGCACCGCAGCUCAGAGAAGCAGGGAUGUCAGACACGGAGGAGGUCACCGAGGAGUAUGAGCAGGAGCAGGAAGAGGAGUGCGUGGAGGAAGAAGAGGAAGAAUGGAUAGAGGAAGACGACGGCCAGGAGGAGCAGGUAGAGGAGGAGGAGGAGGAGACCAAAGAAACCAAGGCAGAAGAACAAGAAGAUGAAACAAAAGCAGCAGGAGAAGGUGGAGAGGGAGAGCGGGAGCAGGAGCCUGGGGAAGGUGAAUCGAAGCCAAAACCCAAGGUCUUCAUGCCCAACCUGGUGCCUCCCAAGAUCCCAGAUGGAGAGAGAUUGGAUUUUGAUGACAUUCACCGCAAGCGCAUGGAGAAGGACCUGAACGAGCUGCAGGCCCUCAUCGAAGCCCACUUUGAGAGCAGGAAGAAGGAGGAAGAGGAGCUCCUGUCCCUCAAGGACAGGAUUGAGCAGCGGCGAGCGGAGCGGGCAGAGCAGCAGCGGAUCCGCAGCGAGCGGGAGAAGGAGCGCCAGGCCCGCAUGGCCGAAGAAAGAGCUCGCAAGGAGGAGGAGGAGGCGCGGAAGAGGGCGGAGGAGGAGGCGCGGAAGAAGAAGGCCUUCUCCAACAUGCUGCACUUCGGGGGUUACAUGCAGAAGUCAGAGAAAAAGGGCGGGAAGAAGCAAACGGAGCGGGAAAAGAAGAAGAAGAUCCUCAGUGAGCGACGGAAGCCCCUGAACAUCGACCACCUCAGUGAGGACAAGCUGAGGGACAAGGCCAAGGAACUGUGGCAGAACAUCCAUGAUCUGGAGGCUGAGAAAUUUGACCUGCAGGAGAAGUUCAAGCGGCAGAAAUAUGAGAUCAAUGUCCUUCGAAACCGUAUCAGCGACCACCAGAAAGUCAAAGGGUCCAAGGGUGCCCGUGGGAAGACCAUGGUGGGCAGCCGAAGGAAGUAGAGGCUCAGGGACAGAGGAGGCCGAGCCCCAGGAGCUGCAGUGGCUGCACAGAGCCCUGGCUGCAGGAAUGGGGGUUCUGGGGAGCAGAGGCCUCACGAGGUUCCCAUCUUCACACCCCAGUGGUGUUGUGUCUGUAAAUAAAGAGGUGAUGAGGGGGUGCAGGUGUGGUCUCCAUCCUGAGGCUCUGAUCCCAGAUAACACAGCACAGCUGUAGGAGUUGCCUACCUGCUCCCCAGGCUGUGAGAGGUCACAGCAAAUACCCAGGACCCCACAAGGAACCUCCCAACAUCAUCUCAGCGACAGUCCUUUGCAAGGUUUGGUGAUAGACCUCAGUGGUCUGAGCUGCUUUUCCUGCUGCACUUUGGGCAAUCCUCGUCAUGGCCACUUUUUUCUGCUUUUGCUGUACCAGAGCCCCACUCACUCCUCUCUGGUCACAGCUGGGGACACCAAGGACAGGGGCACCGCUUCCAAAGCUCUUGGUCCAUGGAAUAGACACUAAUUCACUUUC